AACCGUUAAAUACUUGGGCAAUCGUCCUGGGUAAUUUUCCGCAGCACGUCCGUCGUUUACCGCCCAAAAAUGUCAGACGAGUCUUCGGAAUUCACUGAAGACGACAUCCGUCGCCAGCUGGCUGCCCUUGGUUACCACGACGUCCCCGAUUAUCGCCUGAAACAGUUUGCUAGAGACCUUCGGGAGUUGGUGCAGCACGACCGGUCAAAGGCGAGCUCACAGGACCAGAGCUUCGCGUCGUCAACUUCCCGUGUGGACUCCUCUGUCUCCGCCCAGCCAGCCUUCCUUCUACGACAGCCAACACGGGCCAAUCCUUCACAUCUAUAUGGACCAGAUAGACAUGACCCAUUAAUCGAUACCAAUUAA